UGAGCGCGGUGCGGCCUGCAGCUCUGCUCCGCGCCGUCCCGUGGUGGCCCGGGUGCUGUGGUGUUCUGAGGCCUCAGAGCGCUGAGUGCAGCCUAGGUUUUGACUGCAAGUGGAAGACAGGUCUUUGAAGUACGUGAUGGCUACUUGUCAGUUUUUAAUGAGUAGGCAGAAGAAUAAGUCCUCUAAGGAAUCUCUGUUGUUCCCCAACAAAAUUGCUACCAAGCGGCAGUCUGUGGUGCUGGUGAAAAGACUUCUGGCCAUCUCUGUCUCCUGCAUAACAUACCUGAGAGGGCUGUUCCCAGAGAGUUCUUAUGGAACUCGCUAUUUAGAUGACCUCUGUCUAAAAAUUCUGCGAGAAGAUAAAAGCUGUCUGGGAUCAUUUCAGAUAGUCAAGUGGAUUCAAGGUUGUUUUGAUGCUUUGGAGAAGCAGUAUUUACAUGUUGCUGUCCUAGCGAUGUACACCAAUCCCAAAGAACCGGAGACGGUGACUGAACUGUAUCAAUUCAAAUUCAAGUACAAAAAGGAGGUGCCUGAGAUGGACAUCAUCAGCAACAAAACAAACUUUGUGAAUGGAGUGUGCGGCGAGGACAUGAAACAAGCCAGCAGCCUCCUGAUCCGUAAGCUGUACCUGCUAAUGCAAAACCUUGGCCCGCUUCCCAGUGACAUUACCCUGACCAUGAAGCUCCUGUAUUACAAUGAUGUAACUCCUGACGAUUACCAACCACCUGGCUUUAAGAAAGAUGACAACCCUGGUGACCUGUUGUUUGAUGGUGAUCCUGUCCACUUGAAAGUAGGGUCAGUCUCCACUGGGUUCCAUGCCUUGAAAGUGAAAGUAACAACUGAAACCAAAAGAAUGGGGAGAGUUGAAAGCAACCUGAUCCAGAAGAAUGGCCCUACUGAGAUCUCCCAUCAAGGGUUAGACUGUGAUGAAGAGGAAGAGGAGGGGAGCACUAAGAACAACCCUCUCCCUGUCAGAGCAGAGUCAGGUGAGCGUGGAAAGGACAAAAAAUACACCCAUCCUGGCCUGAGAACUGAAGCAUCUUCUUUCUGCCUCCAAGAUACAGGUGGAAAGGAAAAGAUGGAAAUAAAAGAGAUGGGCAAGCGGCCUUCCUCACGGGCAUCUCAGCAGAUAAGCUGCCUGAACCUUGCGUUUAGCCAGGAAGAGGUAAUAGGACCCAAGAAGAAAAGGAAGGCACAUUUCUAGUUAACGCUCACGAACUGACUUAAUGCGUGUUACACAUCGUCAACCUGAUUCACUACUGACAUAAAACAGAAGCGAUUCGUUAGUAACGGUCCCUCGCCAAUUAAUGAGCAUUUGAACAACUUUCUUCAAAGAUCAUCGUCCUCCCCCCAGCGCAUCUCUUGGCAAGUCCCUCGAUGCUUACAGUAAUUAUGUGCGUGCAGUGAAAGGAGACUGUUACCUCUUAAAGCAAAAUGAAUAUGUGAUCUUUGUGUUAACAUAACAAUGAGUAAUACAAAGAAUCACAGACAUCCUCCCUUUGAUCUGCAGGGGGAUGCAAACAGCAAUUAAGAUGACGAGCCGUUCUAAAACCCAGAAUAUUGGGAACGUUCCACCGGGGGGAAAGCGAUUGCUUCGAGGGGAUCUCAGGAAAGCAGUGAGGAAGGGGAGCCCUUCCCAGCCCUGGUGAAUGCAGGGCUCUGGGCACACGUGGCGUGGGCAUCCUUCCACCUGCCGAGCCGCAAACAGGUUGGCGGUGCUUCUGAAAACCGUUCCCUCUUUCUGGGAUAGCGUUUAACAAGAAGAGUGGUAUCUCUGUUUCAAAUUGAAAGUCAAACUGCAGUCAAACGGAAAACGUUCAGCAUUGUCUCAACCACAUCCUUCAAUACACUGCCCGCAACGAGAAAAUAACCCCGACCCCCGGUGCCGCGCCGUGAUCUCAGGGACAGGUGUCAAUUUGGUUUUAACGCGAAGGCUGAGGAUUCUUUUGGGAUUUCCACCGCUGCGUGAGAUCUAGGAAAUCAGCUAAUCUGACUUUCGGGUUUGGAAGGAGCGCAGGAAGGAGAAACGAAACAUGACCCACAGGUAGGAGAAGUGAAGGUACUUACUUCCACACUUUUAGAAAGUGUGAGGGUUAAGAGCUUUGACGUUGAUUUCAGGGGAGCACGGAGGAGCCUGUGCCCGCAGUGGGACCCGCAGUGCACAGAUGGUGUGUUGUCCAGCGCUGCCCAAAUGGGACAGGCUAUCAUUUUUUCCCACUGUAUUUCUGAUGUCAUACCCAUGAAAUAUCUUGACUAUCCCUGCUAUAAAUGGGACUGGAAAUCAACCGGUAUAUUUCAUGAGUCCAGUCCUAAUAAUGAACCUUUAUCUGAAGAACUGUUCCUUCAGGUUAUCCUCUCUUGGCUGGGACUUUAAUCCUCAGACUUUCUGCAUUUUUCCUCUUUAGUCAGCAGGUAAAGUAUGUAGCCGUGGCUGCCUGAGCCGAGCGCCUGCAUUUGUCGUGCCACAGAGCUGCCAUUCUCAGGGGCCAAGAUCUUCAUGCCAGCAGCAUCAUGUCACCCCAAUGGAAUCCCACCCACGUGUGGUGCUGGGCAAAGUCUUUUUUGUUAAUGGAUGAGUAAAAUUGCAUCUGGCUUUUGUUGUCAUCACGAGGUAAGUAAGAGGGAUUUGCAUCUGAGCUGGCACACUUUCUGUAGCCAGCUUCCAAGGCUAAUUUCAGGCAGGUUGGCACGAAUAUCCUUUCUUUACACGGAGUCUGAGGCUCCAAAGCCUCGCAGGAGUUUUCCAUAGGAAACACCGCCCUGGGUGUCCGUGUGCCAGAUGUGCUCGCAUGGCAUUUCCCUGCGCAUCAAUGACCUACUGUUCCAGCACGGAAUCGAUCGGCCUUCUUGUGACGUGUUCUAAAUACUUUGCUGGGAGAUUUGUCAUGUAUAGGCUAGAAAAGUAGUAAUUAAGGCACCCCCGGUGUAAGACAUCCGCUGAUUCAACGCCGUCUCGGUGAUGUCUGGUCGGGCAGAGCAGUGGUACCACCAUGCCCCUUGGCCAGAGGUGUCCUGCAAGGGCUCGAGACUCCGUGCCCAACCUCUGGACAUCGUUGCCUUGUCUAUUAGAGAGAGGAUUUAACUCUGUUUAACACGUGUUAAGUAGGGGGUCUGUCAUGCAGACCUACCCCCAAGCAUCCUUCAGGAAGUUUUGGGUUGCUGCUGUUUACAGGAAAGCCCCAAGUCCUUCCAUGGCUUUAGGGAAGCACUUACAUGUGGGAGCAGUGCGGGCACGUACAGGAUGCUGGUUGCUUUUAUGGGCAUGCCGUGAUAUAUUCUGUGCAUUUUACUUGUGUUUCUUUGCAGGACGUGCAGCGAGGGGAUGUUUAUUCUGAUGAAAGUCUAGGGGUGAUAACAGGAAACCAAGUUCUUUGUGCAGCAAAUUGGCCUUGAAUCACAAACCGAUCUUUUUUUCUUUUCAUCAACAGAGGGUAAGACUGUCUGAAACACAGGAACGUGAUGUGUCCUGAAAACAGCGUGGCAUUUGGAGCUGGCUGAGCUCUACCCAAACCUUUGCCAGCCUCAGAACCAUGAAUUGAAUGUCAACCCAAGCAGGUGGCACACAGGCUGGGGAGCCAUCAGGGGACAGUUGCUUUUUGUCCAUAAAGACAUUUGCUUACCAGUUCAGUUGAACCAGGAAGCUGAAACUGCAUGUCCCCAUGGGUAGGGCACAGCGCUGGGACUCAGGAGAGCUUCCUGCGUGCCCCAGGGGGGGCAUUUCUGAGCACCUGAUCGAGCUGUAGGUGUCCCACUUCACUGCAGGGGAGUUGGACUAGAUGACCUUUGAAGAUCCCUUCCAACUGAAAUGAUGCUAUUAUUUAGUGAUACGGGGGCUUGGUGCACAAAUCUCUUCCUCUCUUCCCUCCUGUAAAGAGUGCUGCCCGUGGGAGAAGGAGCACUACCCUGCGAGCCCUUGCAGAAGCUGCCAUCACAAAGCUUUGAUGCUGUUGGAUGUCUAUAGAGGCUUCCACGGUGUUCAUAAAACAGCAUAACGGGGUGCAGUUUCAAUAAGAACCAGUCUUGCCAAAGUCGAGGAGCUCUGCUCGCACCCAAAUAAAAAAAGAGGAGUUUCUCCCUGCUGCUCUGGUCAAAGCAGCCUGGCAUUUGUGAGUUUGCUGAGCUCUGCUCACACCUAGAAUCAUGGGAUCGUUAAGGCUGGAGAAAACCACUAAGAUCCCCAAGCCCAAGCCCAACCCUUCCCCACCAUGCCCACUGGUCAUGUCCCCACAUCCCCACAGAUCUGGAACACCUCCAAGGACGGUGACUGUGCCAGUGCCCGACCAUUCUGAGAAGAAGUGUUUCUUCAUAUCCAACCUGGUAUCUCGAGCUGGUGCCUGCUGCAGCUCUUGGGUCUUCCCCCACACUGUACCAGUUUGGGUGUCACUCAGUGGAGGCACUCACCAUUGCUAUGGGGCCACAAAAUCGGGGAUCAGCAGGGCUUUGGUGGUCCCCCUUCAGUAGGAGCAGCACAGGCGGCUCAAGAUGGCUUCAGUCUAUCACUGGCUGGCUGGGUUUUCCUUCCAGCCCGCUCCUUGCUCUGCUUCCUAUGGAGUCAAUGAGCUGAUGGAGCCAGGGGAAUAAUGAGUAGCGUCUUGGUGCCGUGGGACAGGGAGUGGACCUCGUCUGGGCUGUGACGAGGACCUCAUCUGGGCACUGACCUGCCUGCAGAGCAGCCUGCAGCGGGCAGGAGGCCACACAAGGGAAACCCCAAAGUACCUUGGGGUCCUUCCAUGGCGGUGAAUCAGCGCAGGCUCCAGACAUGAGGAAGGUGUGGGUAAGCGCGGCGGCUGGACAAAGCCUUGCUGCCUCCAGCAGCCAAGCAUUUCCUUUGGCUUGCGGUCAUUUGGCUGUUACCUGGCUUCCCUGCCGAUGCAGUGGAAUUAUGCUGAGGUAAAAAGGGAAAGAAUUGGGUCGGCCGCCUGAUGACAUUUCCUUUUUGAUUUGUUUUUUCAAUUUAUUGCACAGAGAGCUUAACCUGGGCUUCGGGAUGGGCAGAAAUAGCCAAAAA